CAACCCUCUAGCAAGGUUUUGAGACCUCCAGGUGGUGGCACUAGUGACAUUUUCGGUGGUGAUUUACCACAAACACCACGUUCGGUUAAAAAUCACAUGCAAUCAAAUAUUUUCUCAUGCGAAAAAGAUAGCAUUAAAAAUAACGGUGAUCAACCUCGCCGCGCUCAAAAGAAUGUUGACUCAUAUCAACGUUUAUUCGGUGAACCCGAACGUCCAGUUACUCCUGCCAAAAAUCACAUGAAGAGCAACAUUCCAUUUGGUGCUAAGAAUGAAGCAGCUCAAGCCUUGAUCAUGAACGGUAAUGGCAAUGGACAUUAUAACGGCAAAAGUGGUUCUGUAUCAUCGGCCUCGUCAUCGGUGUCAUCAUCAACUGAGAACUUAAAAAUGAAUGGUUUUUCGAAAACAGUUUAUCUACGCAAAAUGAGUAAUCCAACAAGUCCCCGUACUGACAUCGACUCCCAGCACAAUUUAGAAAUGGAAGAAAAUGUUAAGCAAAUAAAUAACAAGUGUCAGGAGUUGCGUAAUGAAUUAGAUAAUACAGAUAAACUAAAUAAACCUCAAGAUUCCCCUCGUAGUGGUGAUAGUGCUGGUGAUAUUAAGGCUUCCCAAACUAUCAAAAAUUCGUCAUGUAAUUCCGAUAAUCCCUAUUCUUUAACUACUAACUCUACGUGUAACCCUCAAGAGUCGUUAGUUCAGUGUUUGGGUAUUAAUAAAAUGUCUAGAGCUUCGGCUUCGGCAUCUGCUGCUGCAGCUGCUCGUAAUCCUAUAACGGGCAUGGGUUUAAAUGGUGACGGUGUGGGCGGUUUAAAACCUUUGAAACCGAAAUGUCGGAAAGAUGGCAAUCCCGUUACCGGUGAAGGUUACAAAUCGAAUGACUUCAAUCAUACACCCAGUUUGAAUGGUGCCAAUCAAGUCAUCAACAAAAAUCGUAUUCCACCCGGUGGCUUUUCUUCCGGUCUCUGGUAAAUACAUGUUUUGUCACAGUUACAAGGCUGGAGCGAGCGAGCGAGCUCUCUGUUCUAAAAAUAAAUGACAGCAAAUUAAACAACAACUAACAUACAUCUAAAAUGUAUGGACAUUUUACCAGAGAGCUACCCUAUCGCCCCCCAAAAAAGACCAACAACAACAGCAAAAACUAUAAAAAUCAACAACUAAAUGAUGAUAUUAAACUAAAACUUUAAAACAACAACAACUAAAAGAAUAUGCAAAACGAAACAUAUUUUCAAACAAAACAAAAAAAAAACAAUAAUU